ACGCCCCUGUGUUGUUCUCCCGGCAUCACUUCCUCACAAGUUUUCUCUGUCAUUUAUCGCCAAAAUAAUUACAAUGGACUACGCGAUGCUGCGUUUGUUCCUUUUAAAUUUUACAAUACUCUUACUUCAUAUCAAUUACAUUCAAGCUAAAGGAGCACACCAUGUAACCUGUGGUUCUGUAAUUAAGUUGUUGAAUGUAGAUUACAAUUUGAGACUGCAUUCCCAUGAUGUAAAAUAUGGUACUGGUAGUGGACAGCAAUCAGUAACAGGUAUUGAGGCCAAGGAUGAUAAUAAUUCCUACUGGCUUAUUAAAGCAGAAUUUGGAAAAAUAUGCACACGAGGAGAGCCAAUUAAAUGCGAUAGUAUCAUCAGAUUAGAACACAGUGCAACAAAAAAAAAUCUUCAUUCGCAUCUUGUCUCUUCACCUUUGAGUGGAAAGCAAGAGGUAUCGGCAUAUGGAGACAAAGGAGAAGGUGAUACUGGUGACAAUUGGGUGGUAAUUUGCUCAAAUGAUUUCUGGGGAAGAGAUGAUACGAUUGUGCUGAAACAUAUUGAUACAGAUACGUAUUUGUCUGUCAGUGGUAGAGUUUAUGGUUCUCCAAUUAGUGGACAAAUGGAGAUAGUAGGCGAGUAUUCUCCAAAUAGUCCUCACACACAAUGGAAGGCGAUGGAGGGUAUGUUUAUCCACCCUACUGAUUUCAAAGCACAGCAUUAUCAUCAUACAGAAUUAUAAUCUUUGUAGCAAAAACUGUAGGCUCGAUUUAUAAAUAAAUGCGGCCAAUUCAUCUAUCACAAAACUCAACUUUCAUGAGCAUUAAAUUGAAAUUAAUAUCCAAUUUUUGUUUAAUGUUGAUAAAAACUUAUUACAUAUUAAUUUAUAUUUA